CCCCACACACAACACGCACACGAGAUCUAGAUCUCUCUCUCUAUAUAUACAUCAACUCAAAAACCACUAGAAACAGCCAUCUCUCUCUCUCUCCAUCUAUAAAUCCUUAGAGACGAUUCUUAGUCAGCUCAAAACAAGCUCUCUCUCUCUCUCUUACUCUACCUCUCUCUCCUGCAUGUAUAAAUCCCUGAAAGUGCUGUAUCAGCUCAAACACGAGUAGCUUGAGCUCGCAGCUACCCCAACAUAGAAAAUGCAGGCCAAGUGGGCUGCAUGUGCCCUCCUCAUCCUAUGUUACCAAAUCCACGUAAACUCAGUAGCAAUGAAUGCAGUGAAGCCAUCGGUCUCAGUCGGAGAUUUCCAGUUCUCUGAACAUAUUAUCAAAGAGAACGAUUCAGGUUCAAAAGAGACCAAGAAAAUAUGUGAUGAUGAAGUGAAGGGGGCAAUGAGGCGUGCAUUGAAGGCUUUGGCCGGUGGUGGUGCACAUGUCAUUGGUGGUGGAGGUGUGCGUACUCACCCAACGGAUGGACAUCAUGGGGAAGCAUCUUGGCCUUCCCCUAGCUUUUUGCUGGUCCUGAUUUGCUCUUUUUCUCUCCUCAUUUUGCUUUGAAUUCGAACUGUUGCAAAAGGCCAGGUCUAUAUCUGCAGGAGAUUGUCAGUUUUCUUCCUCCUUCCAUGUGGUGGUUUUCUUUAGUGGUUUUUUCGAUUGUUUCUCUUCGUUGUAUUAUUUUGCAUAGAUGUGUCUGUGCUUCUCUCUCUCUCUCUUGUUUCAUCACUAUUAUUUCAUGCAGUCUGCUCUUGGGAUUGUUUGCUUGUUAGUAAAAGCAUUCCUCUGAGUGCAAAAUAAAAAAGGUUGAAAUAAAAGGCGAAAGCAUGUAAUUUUGAAA